AUGGAAAGCGCCACCGAUUCCUUACUGGCCGAGGUUUUCUUAAACACUCGAAAUUUCCUCAUGAUUACGAAUGCAUUGCUAAACCCCGAUACAGAUAAUACAGUAACUGUGUUAGGCCCAUACCUUGAAAUGUUUCAGAGUUAUUUGAAGGAUCCACACUUCUGGCAAAGCAAGGUAACAGCUUUGAAGGAAAUUAUGGCCAUACUUCUAGGAUUCUUUGGUGUUAUCUACCAUUGGGUAGUCACAAUCAAGCCUAAACCUGGCACUCAAAUCGGAGCGGGUCUUGGUCUUCUUGCUGGUUUUGCUUUUGGGUAUGCUCUUGCACCAGCAAGACUUGUGACAAGUUUAUUCGUGGGCAUCAUUGGUGGGGGUCUCAUAGGACGUGGAGGAUAUGAUUGGUACAGAGAGGAACAGCAAAUCCGAAUGCAGCCAGAGGCAAUUCAAAAUAAUAACAGAUUAAUGUCUCAGCGGUUUGGUCGACAACAUGAGCCCAAUGAUUUGAUCAGCGCUCCAGCCAAUGCGUCUGGUGACCUCGCACUCCAUGUCAUGCCAGAAUUAUAA